GACGAGUACCCUCAGGGCAGACAGACGAAUGAGGGAAAACACAGCCACUAAGAUUGUUGACAGUUCCAAUGGGACAGCAACGGCUGUUACCAGAAGCAUCUUGGAUAGGCACAAUCUGGCUCGGGUCGAUGGACCGAGCUGGACGUGUGUUUGGGAGGUCAAGCUGGGGAGGCGGGCCAGAGCCAUUACUGAGCACGGAAGGCAGUCCAGCUUGCUGUACCAUAAGACGAGCAUCGAACGAAAUGUCCUUUGCUGUGCUGGUUAACGCAAAGCUGGAGAGCGCGAGGAUGGUCUUCCAGGAUUCAUGCAUGGUUGGGAAAUGAAAGAAAGAGGUGAAGGAGAAUGGGGAGAUGAGGAGUGAGUACGAACUUGGAGUGCGAAUGAUCAGGAGCUGCGUAUAAAGCAUGGUAUUGAGAAGGCCUUGAAGAACCUCUUCACCCAAAGCCCAGCACUCAUCUCAUCAAAGCCCUCAAACACAUUCAAACUUUUGUUGAUUUCAACCACCUUCUAAAGCCCAUCAUGGUCUACUACGCUUUCCUCAAAUGGCAAACUUCCGAGCCCAACUAUCGGUACCUUCUUACAGCCCCUGAUGCUGAGACCAUUGAUGAGUGGUGGCGAGAGGCCUCUACCAAGGAUCCAGAGCAUGUCAAGCGUCUCGGCCCUGACUUCUACUCUUGGGGCAGCGGCGCUCAGGCAUGGGACCUGGCUCCUUCAUUCUUGAACAAGAUCAGAUACACCUUGCUGAAUGAUCGAGAUGGUCGUAUCAUCUCCAACUUCGCUCAACCUCCAAGAGUCAGCGUCCUUAGCGAUGAUUCUUACUACAUUCGGUCCAAGUCUAGCCCAGACCUAUACUGGUUCGAAAAGGGUGGUUUAAUCUAUGCUACUAAGCAGGGUCGCACUCGCUUCACCUUCCGGCUUGACGGAGAGCGUGACAGUGACAGAAACAGGACUGUCAUCAUCGGCAAGGACUACAUCUCUGUUAGUGCAGUCGGAGGAUCUGCUCAAAAGUAUGUCAGCGUCAACGACAAUGGCGAGGUCGUCCUUAGUGGACAUAGUUGCCGCAUGUACUACAGUGACUUGAACAACAUUUAUCUGGGCCAGGGAGAGGCUGACGACCUUAAGAGUGCUACUGUUAUGAAGACUGAUGGCUUUGGUGAGGAGUGGGAGCUCGUCAAAUAGAUGGAGACUAGGAACUGAUAGCGACUUCAUAUCCGAUAACGCAAAUUGCGUCGGAGAAACAAUAAACAUUUUCAUUUCUAUUCCUUGGC